AUUGCUUAAGAAAUUGGAACAAGGGCAAAAGGAAAAGGGGAAGAUCUGGGUGAUUCUUUUUGUACCGCCGUCAGCUUGGCUAUCAAUCAUUCGUUCGGCGGCAUUUUCCCGAGAAUCAAACAAUCCCGUUGGGUAAUUUGUUUGGCGGGAAAAGUUCUUAAAAAGGAAAUUUGAGGCGGCAUAUGGUUUCUACUUUUAUCGGAUCAGUAGAAGUAGAACGUACUAAGUUUUUGUAUCUGUAACAAGUUACCGAUCCUCUAAGAUUCACUGUCAUGGCUGAUGUCCUUCCGUCGUGUCGGUCACCGGCGGCAAUGAAGGUCGCCGGAGGGGACGAGCUGUCGGCGAAAGAAGAGAACGUCGAUGGUUCAGCAAUGGCAGUUGAUUCAGACGUGAAUUUUGAAGCCGAGGCUUUGAAGUUACGAGGUCAAUGGGAGUUGGCAUCGGUUUUGAACUUCUUGAAUGUUUUCGAGCCGUUAAUUGGGAAAAGCUUGAGGAUUUCGGCAGAAGAGAUUGAAAAGGGUUUGAUAAUGCCCGACAGUUCAUUAGUUGAACUCCACAUUGUUCUUUUGAAGGGUAUACUACCACCUGUAAGUAAAAUGUUAAAUGGUUCUAAUGCAUGGGUGACUGUACUUUGUAAGAAGCUCGCCCAAUGGUGGCCUCGGGUUGCUGAAGGGGAAAUUCCAAUUAAGGCCUUUAAAGGAGAGGAGAUAUCAAAUUACAAGAACCUUGAUCCGACAAAACGCUUACUGCUUCUAAAAGCUCUAUGUCAAAUUCGAGCUGAUCAAGAUGAUGCAGUAUCAUAUAUUAGCGACUGCUCGAAAGAUAAAACUCAAAUAUCUUGUUUCCAGAAAGAUAAAUUUGGAGGAGAUGGAAAUGGAGUUUCCUAUUGGUAUGAUGGGAAUCCAUUUGUCGGUUAUAGACUAUACAGGGAAGUUAUCAAAUGUGAUAGAAAGAAAAAAGGUAAACAAAAGGGAAGUAUUUCCCUUCCAAAGUUCAGCACUCGAUGGGAAACAAUGGCCACAAAUCUCGAGGAAUUUCAUAAAGUUAAAGACAACUUUUUAUGCAGCAAGAUCAGCAGUGAAUUUGCUGUUGGAAGGAAAAUUGAAUCAGAUGCCAUUCCUGUUCUUGAGAAACUUCGGAAGAGUAAGGAAAGGUCAUUGAAACGUAAGCAUAGAAAGAGCAUGCUCUUGAAUGGCUUUAAGAAGUCCUGCAUAGUUGGAGUUACUCGCACUUGUCGGAUUCGUGCACCCGUGAACUAUACAUUUGAGGAGUACAAUCGGGCUAUUGAUGACGCCAUAGGGAUAUCUAGUGACAUCUUUGACUUUUAAUGGAUUUUAUGGGUGUAAAUGUGAACACCCUUGACUAUAGACUUUCCUCUUUACUUUCCAAUAGGAGAUGUUUCUUGUAGUGCUCUUUUAUAUUCUCCAAUUUUCUUAUGUGAAAUAAUAUAUAGAUAUAUAUCAUAUGUAAUUGUCUAGGGGUUUAGACACAGCCUUCAAUUCCAUGUUAAAACGCCAAUGAACCCUAAAACUUAAACUUAUAAAUUAGUAAGUUUAUUCCUUUUGUCAAUACGUAAACAACUAUCUCUUUUUUGUUUUGAUAGACUAUAAAGAAUAAGUUAUUGAGAUGAUUCAGAAUGAACCAAAGUCGAUAUAAUAUGGUAUACAAGACCGACCAUAUACUCAUAUUCCCUUGUUUCGGUGGUGGAAGUUGCCAUAUGUAUCUGGUUGCAUGGAAAGCUAGUUGUGUUUAUGCUGAGUUCAUAGCUUUUGUAGGGCAAAGUAUUCAUUGUAGUCUACUACUAAUUUCAGUCACUUGUUCUUCAAAAAUAUUCAAAAAAACUCAGUUGACACUAGGUUCAAAUUAUUCUUAGUCUUAGCAUGCCCACAAGUAACCAAAUUUUGGCCU